GUUCACGAUCCAGUAAUCCCGUCAGAAGGCGCUUCUCCGGCACUGAAGUUUUAAAGCGAAAACAGAAUCGCGUUUAAAGCCCAGCGCGCUCCCGGUGGCUUGGCAUGUGACCGCGACUACGCUCUCGCGACGUGUAUCGGUAAAAGCGUAGUUAGAUGAAGCUCGAGCCAGGCUGGAGCGCGAGCGACCGGCGCAGCGUCUCGUUAAGUUCGUUAAAGUUUAGCGGACAGAUGCUCUGACUUCACGUUUUCGACACUAUUUCGGGCUUUGUUUUAGGAAUUGCGCCCCACGAGUUGAUCUAGUCAUUAAUCGGCUGCGACCCGUGGUGGCAUUCAUUAAAUCAUGUCUUCAGGAGCCGCACACGAGAAGAAAAGGGCAAGUUCAGAGCGGAGAAAGGAGCGGUCACGUGACGCAGCACGCUGCCGGAGAGGGAAGGAGACAGAGGUGUUCCGUCAGCUGGCCCACGAGCUGCCCCUGCCCCACCGCCUCAGCUCCACCCUGGACAAGGCCUCUGUCAUGAGGCUGGCACUCAGCUACCUGCGGCUGCGCAAAGUGCUGUGCACGGAAAUGUUGGGGGAGGAGUCUGCGCUGGACUCUCAAUGGACUGCUUCUUGUCUGAAGGCGCUGGACGGCUUUCUCAUGGUUUUGUCUCAGGACGGAGACAUGGUAUACAUGUCCGACAGUGUCAGCAGGUGUCUGGGGCUCCCACAGAUUGAUCUAUUAGGACAGAGUGUGUUCGAUUUCACUCACCCAUGUGACCAUGAAGAGAUCAGAGAGAUGCUCGUACACAGAACAGGUUCAUCCAAGAGAGCAAAAGAGGAGCAGCACACAGAGAGGCACUUUUCAUUGCGAAUGAAGUGCACUCUCGCCAACAGGGGGCGCACCGUCAACAUCAAAUCUGCCACAUGGAAGGUACUUGGCUGCUCGGGCCACAUCCAUGCGGAGCCCCGGGUCAGUGGGAGCAGCUGCACAGGCGAGGGAGGCAGGGCAUGCCCGUGGUACCUGUUGCUGAUCUGUGAGUCCAUCCCCCACCCGGCCAACAUUGAGGUGCCACUGGACUCCAGGACCUUCCUGAGCAGACACACACUGGACAUGCGUUUCACAUACUGUGAUGACAGGAUCACUGAGUUGUUAGGAUAUUACCCACAGGAUCUACUGGAGCAUUCUGUGUAUGAGUAUUAUCAUGCUUUGGAUUCAGACAGUCUGACCAAAACACACCAUAACUUGUUUGUGAAGGGACAGGUGUGUACAGGUCAGUACCGUAUGUUGGCAAAGACUGGAGGCUUUGUGUGGCUGGAGACACAGGCCACUGUUAUUUACAACAGCAAGCACUCUCAACCGCAGUGCGUUGUGUGCGUGAACUAUAUUCUCAGCGGCAUCGAGGAACCCCACCUCCUUCUCGCCCUCCAUCAGUCAGGCACUCCGACUAUAAAACAGGAGGAGGAAGAGGAGGAGGAGGAGCAGGAGGAGGAGGAGAGGGGGGAGGGCGAAAAUGGGAGUCAGGCUGCAGUUGUGCAUGCUGGCCUAAAAGGGGAGACAGAGGCCUUUGCGCAGGCUUCAGUAGUGGACUUCAGUAAUGCAGACACUGAAGUUACGGCACUUAAAGAUCCGCCUCUCUACAAUGAUGUCAUGUUGCCCUCAACCAGUGUUCUAUUGCCCCUGUCGCCCCUAUCGCACACUGAAGUCCUAAGUGUUGCUGAAACCACCUCUGCUAACCUUCAUCUGGAGGACUUUCCUCUCCCAUCUCCCUCUGCUACAACCUCCUCCUGUCUUCAAGAGGACUCCACUUGCAGCACUAUUCAGCCUGUAAGCACGUUGAGUCCACGUCUCCGCGGAAUCCCCCAUCUCAGCACGCACUUCCAUGCCCAUGCCAUGGAGGGAGUCUUGUUCGUGGACACAGAAACCAAACCCCACCUGGACACGCAGAUCACAGAAGAUCUGACUCUGGAGAUGCUGGCGCCUUACAUCUCCAUGGAUGACGACUACCAGCUCCGCGCCUGCUCCCCGACUCAAUCUGGACACGCAGCUGGUGCUGCAUCCGAUGCAGCACCAUCAGACCUGCCAAGACCAGAGUCACCUGACUCAGCCCACGCCGGCGCGUGCCCUGGCCUCACGGAACUCCCAGGCCGGGUCACGGUACCACAUGUGCAUUGCUCUGGGGGAUCACAGACAUCCCCCAGCCACAUAGGACAGGAAGGAAGCAGAGCACAGCAGCUGGACAACCAUGACUCCUCAGUGAAUCGGCUGAGCCAAAAGCCAUUCAAGAGGAAGUUAGAAACAAUAUCUCUGUCUCAGGCUAUGGGGCUGGGUUCUGUGCUGCAAGUGGUAACUGACUUGCCUCAAGCACAGAAAAAGGUCAGGAGGUCAGAGGUUGCUGAGUUAGAAGCUCUUCCACAUUGCACCAUACCGGAGUCUCUGACCAUUCUACUGCUGCCCUCUGACGUGGUAACCCAGUUGCUGGGCAGAUCGUCAGAAGGCGUGGCCGUCUCUGUGCCCCUCCCCCAGCUUCCUCGUCAUGACUGUGAAGUUAACGCACCUGUAGCUGGGCGUCAAGGUCUGCUACAGGGGGAGGAGCUGCUGCGCGCCCUUGACCAAGCCAUUUAAAUACCCACCCUGGUGUCAGUUCUCCCAGUGUCCUUCAUGUUCAUUUUCCAAACAAUGAGGGUUUAUGGGUGAAAUGGCCCUUAAAGAAACCGGAAAGUGUCUGGAGAUCAGCAAACGUAAAACCCACAGGCCUCCUUGAGCGCUGGGACCAUUGAUCUUUUGCUGCAAGCAUAUCGCAGUUUUGCCACAUGCCAGUCACCAUUCCAAAUAGUUCAUGACAGUAUUAACCAAAAACGUUUACCUCGCUUUUAACUGGCAGCAAACAGACAUGCGGUCGCAAAGUACUCCUUCUGCUGCGACGCUCGGCCUGCGUUGGAUCUGGAGAAGGCCUCCAGGAAGAGAAGUUGGCCUGCACAACUGCUAUUCCACAGAUCUUACAAACCAGCCUUGAACAGAGGGUAAUAAAUGUACGUGGGAUUUAUCCAGCACAGAGGUACAAUCGCACAACUGUAUAUAAAUGUCCUUGCAUAAAGGAACAUAGAUUACCAGCAGCUCAUGCAAUAUUACUUUAUCAGCAUCUUACUGUUUUUAUAAUUGCCGUCAAAUAUAUAAAUUUUUUUUUUUAAAAUUUUUAUUUUUUCCGGCUUCAUUUUACAAUUGCGAAUGAAUCUAGUCUGACGUCCUUUGUGUCUGGACGAAGUGUGACGCUCCAACAAUGUAUAUUUUGAUCUUUUGUCUGUUGUAUGUAGAGUCUUGGAUUUGCCUUACAUAUUCACACUUCAGCUGUAAGGCAGAGCCGUUAUGAUCUGAAACUUGAUUUGAAAUCGUCUGAGAGAACAGAUUAAACGUAGACCGAUAGCUGAUGUUAGAUUUAUUGAUAUUUAUUAAUGUUUAAUAGGCUUUAAUUAAUAACUUCUGUCCAGUAAAAGUAAAGGCCUAAGGCAUGAGCAGACAUCGACUCCAACGUGAACCUUAAACCUGAGUUAAUUUUGAGCAUUAAAAGUGCAGCUGGUGUCUAGUAUUUGUAAGUAAUAUGCAGAGCUGACACCUUGAUCAAUUACUGCAGGACACUCACAUUAUACCAUGAUAUUGUGCUUUCUGCUACCGCAUAAAGUUAAAGUCACUUUGCUUUAUAUGUGAUGCUGAGGUAUAAACCAUGAAAUUUGUGGUGUUGGUAUCAUAUGGUUCCUGCAUGUGUUGAAAAACAUCUUUGUAUGGGCAGGAGUACAAUUAAAUGUGCUUUAGAUGGC